CCUUUACAUUCACACCCAAGGAAAAUUAAAAACAAAGAACCAAAAGUCAUGUGAAUUCUUGAACGACACGAACACAACCUCGCCCAUAGACCGACACCAGCAGCAAACACCUCCCUUCUUUAUAAAACCCAAAUAGGCAGAGAGCAGCUGCAAAACAUAAAAAAAAGCUCUCCAAAUUCACAAAUCUCAGGUUUUUGUCGCACGAAAAGAAUCGCAAUGGCUGCAGUGGGAGUCGAGAUCAAGCACCCGGAGGCCGUGCCGGAGGAGGCCUGCUCCGCUAAGGCAACCAAGCAAGGCGAGGGGCUUAGGCAGUACUAUCUCCAGCACAUUCACGAGCUUCAGCUCCAGGUCCGCCAGAAGACCCACAACCUCAAUCGUCUCGAAGCUCAGCGUAACGAGCUCAAUUCCCGAGUGAGAAUGCUCAGGGAAGAACUACAGCUGCUUCAGGAGCCUGGAUCAUAUGUAGGGGAAGUUGUUAAAGUGAUGGGGAAGAACAAGGUUUUGGUUAAGGUUCAUCCAGAAGGGAAAUAUGUCGUUGAUAUUGAUAAAAACAUUGAUGUCACAAAGAUCACACCAUCAACAAGAGUUGCUCUCCGCAAUGACAGCUAUGUUCUUCAUUUGAUCUUGCCCAGCAAAGUAGAUCCUUUGGUUAACCUUAUGAAAGUUGAAAAAGUUCCUGAUUCUACAUAUGAUAUGAUCGGUGGUCUUGAUCAGCAAAUCAAAGAAAUAAAGGAGGUCAUUGAACUUCCAAUUAAACAUCCUGAAUUGUUUGAGAGUCUUGGUAUAGCUCAGCCAAAGGGCGUGCUGCUUUAUGGGCCACCUGGCACUGGGAAAACACUAUUGGCUAGGGCUGUGGCCCAUCACACUGACUGCACAUUCAUCAGGGUUUCUGGUUCGGAGUUAGUUCAGAAAUAUAUUGGGGAAGGCUCUAGAAUGGUUAGAGAACUUUUCGUCAUGGCCAGGGAACAUGCUCCAUCUAUCAUUUUUAUGGAUGAAAUCGACAGUAUCGGUUCUGCUCGUAUGGAAUCUGGUAGUGGCAAUGGUGACAGUGAGGUGCAGCGGACUAUGCUGGAGCUUCUCAACCAGUUGGAUGGAUUUGAGGCAUCAAACAAGAUCAAGGUUUUAAUGGCCACAAAUCGUAUUGAUAUUCUGGAUCAAGCCCUCCUUAGGCCAGGACGAAUUGACAGGAAGAUUGAAUUCCCAAAUCCUAAUGAAGAGUCUCGUUGGGAUAUCUUGAAAAUCCAUUCAAGAAGAAUGAAUUUAAUGCGUGGAAUUGACUUGAAGAAGAUUGCAGAGAAGAUGAAUGGUGCGUCUGGUGCAGAACUGAAGGCUGUUUGCACAGAAGCGGGGAUGUUUGCUUUGAGGGAGAGAAGAGUUCAUGUGACACAAGAAGAUUUUGAGAUGGCAGUUGCCAAGGUAAUGAAGAAGGAGACCGAGAAGAACAUGUCAUUGCGCAAGUUGUGGAAGUAAUUAUGCACGCUAUCGUGGUGUUCUUGGAGGCAAUGUAGGCGUAAAAGACAGAUGUUUAGAAGGCAGUGAAAUUCUAAGAAGAGGAUACAAGCAAGCAUGGGCGUAUUGCCGUUGUUGCUACUAUGCUUUUGCAUUUUGCUUGCUUACUUGGUGGGGGAGUUUUUAGUUGCAUACAUACCACUUUCCUGACUUAAAAGUUAAAAGGGCUGUGGACUUGUGGUAUUCGUUUUAAA